UCCCCCAGUGGCCUGAUAACGAUGCAGUGUCUUUAUAAGGGACUCUGCGGCACGGUAACAGCCUAGUUUAUAGGUCGUUUCAAGUCACUUCACGUGAUAUUGCUGUGACUAUCAGAAUGGAGACAAAACUAGCGAUAGUGAUAGCUUUAUUGAUUGGAAGCAGCUUGAUUAGUCAAACACAGACUCGACCGCAACGAGCACGCCUAAUUGGAAUUGGUACUGACGAAGACAUUAACAUCGAUAGUGAAGGAAUGGAUAAUGGAGGAGAUAUUAGCAUUGGUCUUGGGGGAAAUAAUAACUCAUCUGGCGAAAGCAAAAAUUUUGAUGGCAUUCGCGUAGGUCUAAUAGAAGCCAUUCCCCUUGAGUUAGAAAAUUCAGAAAAGCAGUUAGAUGGCGUUUCUUCGAAAAUAGAGAUGAGCGAAGAAGAGAGAGAACAAAAAGAAUCCUUCUCACCAGCUUCUUCGAAACCGGAAAACGAUUUUCCAACUUCAGCUCCUUCGAAACCAAAGGAAACUGAUAAAGAAAAUGACAAACCAGAAGAGUCUUCUUCAGCCUCAUCAAGACCAGAAGAAGAGUCCUCAUCUUCAGCUCCUUCAAAUUCAAAAGAAAAGAUUUCAUCGUCAGUUCCUUUUGAUCCUGAAGAAGAAUCGUCAUCUUCAACACCAACCGAGACAAAAGAAAAAUCCUCUACUCCAAUUCUUUCAGAAUCAGAACGAGAAUCCUUGUCUCCAGCUACCUCAGAAUCAGAAGAAUCUGGUGAUGUUUCGACAACGAUGCAAUUGAAAGAAGAGAAUGAAUCAUCAGAACGAACUACGAUUAAUUCAACGACAGAAGAAGAAAAUGAACCGGAAAACGAAACUGAAACUUCAUCAUCAACUGUUGUUUCAACAACUUCGAAACCAGAAACUGGUACCGAGUCUUCCCUACGAAACAUUACCUCAAUUACUUCCGAAUCAGAAAAUAUAACUGCUCCUUCUACAAGUUCUACGCCACAAAACUCAACUGAAGGAUCGACAACUCCAGCAUCGCAAAAUCCAAAUACCUGCAUUGGUGAGUGCUCGUCCCAUGACUCACUAAGAUAUUCCAUCUAUUUGCCCAAUAUACGUUGUGAUAAAUUCUGCGAGUGUAGCAACGGCCGUGCCAUCGUUAUCUCAUGUCCCAAGAGGCUACACUUCAAUGCAGAAUUGAAUGUCUGUGAUUGGCCAGACAGAGCUAAUUGCUCUGGUAUUAUACCGCCUUAUAUUUCCAAUUUCACUUAGAGGAUAACUGCAUGUUCGUUUAGCAUACACAAAAUAUCACAAAAUAUCGUUAUUGUAUAAUAUCACAGUAUGUUUGAAAAGUACUGCUUUGUUAUUUUUAUAAUGGUCUUUGCAAAUAAUAGAAUAAAAAUAAAAAAAUUAACAGUAUACUAUAUUACUUGUACCAAUUGCUUUAAAGAAAAAUGUAUGUGUUAAACUGCAACUCUCGUGGUUCGGAAUGCAACGGAGGCAUAAGUUAACGGUGUAUACUUUUAUAAUUCCAAAAUAUAAUUAACAAUUGAACGUACUGCGAUUGGCUACCUGGAAAAUAUUCAAUUGCAUCUGAUAUGUAAAGUCUGACUGCAGACUAAUUAGUCAACGGUAAGUUCAGUAACAGGGGAGGCGACGCUCCUAGGUUAGUUAAAGGAUGCGUUACCUUUAAGUAGAAUCAGCUGCGACUACACGAUUGUGCACUUUUGAAA